CUCGAAAGGCGGGAUUUGGCGGGUUCGCUUCGUUCGGUUCGCAUAGUCGAUGUUCCAGGAUGCUUCGUCUUCCUUUCUACGAACGCUCGAUAGGCAAACACUGACAUUUUAUGAAUAAAUGGGUGCCUCGUUAACUAUACUGUUCGAGAGCACGACACUUGCAGUUAGUCCAGUCUGUGAAGCCGGUAUUUCUCUAGCGUACCUUGAAUACGAACACCAUUCAAAAAUGCCAUCCACAUUCUCAAAACAUCAACACAAACCAUUUUUGCAAGAAAAGGUGUGCAUGUAAAUAUACUGUCACACGUAUCGCCCUUCACAAUGAAUGACGGAUUGAGCACAACAAUCGUACUCCAAGAUAAUGAAACUACAACAAAACCACCCACAACUGCCGAAGGCGGUAUCGGGAAUGAUGCAACGGACGCGGCAACUUUGGUUCUUGUCGUCUUUCUGAUAGGCUUCUGCAUGAUAAUCUGUCGAAUGGCCUUGCUACGACAAAACGCCACAGAUCAACAUGACCAACAAGUCGAAUCCAAACAGACACAGAAAAAGAGAAUCGCGGAACGCAAAGAGUACAUUGCUUCGAACAUGAUGGUGCGAGAAUGGAAAAGUGCUGCUAUCAGCGAUGAUUCGAUGACGAGUGCGUCCGACGACUUGACUUUAGAAUAUGGGGAUGAGACCGACAAUGUUCCUACCGGAUUAAGACCUUCGUCAACGAGCGGCGACUCUGUUAAUCGAAAGGAGCAACUUGAAAACUCCGACUCCCAUUCACGAAUAAAGGGAGAUGACUUUCCCAGCUAUCGCGAAUGCACUCCUACGGCCGCGUUGAGUGACUAUGAUUCCUUUUGUGAAGACACCGGGUGCGCCAUUUGCCUUUCAAAUUACGAACCAUGCGACCGCGUCUGCGAGUCAGUCUCGUGCAAGCACAUCUUUCAUGAAGCUUGCAUGUCCGCUUGGCUCAUCAAGCACGAUCGGUGCCCAAUUUGUCGCGAGCCCUAUUUGGUAGAAACGGCGUGAAGAACGAACGUAUCAUAAAUCGGACCCAGCGUGAUUCCGGAUAGAAGCGAAAGCCGAAUCGGCGUUUUUGGUGUUUGGUUAUGGUGACGCUCCCUCUGUGACCAGGAGCGGCAAUCCCCAUUAGAGACAAACCGCCUUCGCUGUUAACAGAAAUAUAAAUCCUAGGGUACACUUCAC